AUGCAUCAUUCUGCUAAAGAAAUUUUUAAAAAAUUACUUAUAGAGGAACAAGAACGAAGCAAGACCUUUGUUGAAACCCGAAUUUCUAUUCAAGCAAUAAAAUAUAUUCUAAAUGGAUUUUCUCAUCUUGCCCAGUUUAGGCAGCGGAAAGCACAGUCUGAUGGACAGAAUGUAUCCAAGAAACAGAAAAAAAAGAAAAAGGCAUCAAACACCAAAGAUGAAGAAUCAAUGCAAGCUAGUCCUGAUAUUGACCAAUCACAAGGUGAUGAAACAUCCACGUAUAGCAGUCGAAGAGGAGCAGCUGCUGCUGCUGACUUCAAUAUAAUAAGGACUUUACAAAGUGGAGAAAUUGUCAAAGAUGACCAGACAUAUAAUAUUGAACCAGAAAGUGAAAUUUCUACUACGGUUGAAGAUUAUAGUUCAGAGGUAAAUGGUUGCAGUUUUGUGACAAGAACAUCUAUACCUGCAGAUUUAAUCAGGGAAGAAGAAUUUGGAGUUGGAGAUAUUUAUUCUGAGCAUGGAAUGCGGCACACUGAAACACGGCUAGAGAUGAUGGAAAAUGAAUUGGCUGGGAAACUACAAGAGAUUGAAGAACUAAACAGAGAGCUAGAAGAAAUGAGGGCAGCAUAUGGUACAGAAGGUUUGCAACAGCUGCAAGAGUUUGAAGCUGCCAUCAAAAAAAGAGAUGACAUUAUCACCCAGCUUACUACUAAUCUACAGCAAGCACGGAAAGAGAAGGAUGAAACUAUGAGGGAAUUUUUAGAGCUUACUGAACAAAGCCAGAAAUUGCAAAUUCAGUUUCAGCAUUUACAAGCAAGUGAAACCCUAAGGAACACCAGCCAUAGCUGUACAGCUGCUGACCUAUUGCAAGCUAAACAACAAAUCCUUACACAUCAGCAACAGCUAGAAGAACAAGAAUAUCUACUGAAAAAUUACCAAAAAAAGAAUGAAGAAUCUGAAGCUCACAUUACACUUCUGCAAGAUAGAAUCGCAAUAUAUGAAAUGGAAAAAAACAAAAGUGGAGAAUAUUCCAAUAAGAAGCUACAAGAAAACGAAACACUAAUUGAAGGUCUGGAAGCAAAAAUUUCAGAAGGAGAAAGAAAUGCAGUUCACUUAAGUGAAAAAUUAUCAAAUGCCAAUAAAUUAAUUGAAGAAUUAAAAGAACAGAUUAUACAAAAGAACCAAGAAGUAAACAAUGUGAGAUUGGAACUGAGUAACUGCAAACAAAAAGAAAGACAAUGCUCUGAUGAAAUAAAACAGUUAAUGGGCACUGUGGAAGAAUUGCAGAAGCGAUGUCAUAAAGACAGCCAAUUUGAAACUGACAUUGUACAAAGAAUGGAAUUAGAAACACAAAGGAGACUGGCACAACUUCAGGCAGAAUUAGAUGAGAUGCAUGGGCAGCAACUUGUACAAAUGAAGCAAGAAUUAAUUAAGCAACAUGCAUUAGAAAUUGACGAGCUUCUCUCCCAACAAAAAGCUGAGAUGGAGAAAACCUUAAACCUUUGUUCAAGUGAUAAUAUUCGUGAAGAUGAAAUAUAUUUAAUGAAUAUUACAAUUAAUGACUUAAAUGUAAAAUUACAAGAUGCUAACCAUCAGAGGGAAAAAGUAAAGCAAGAUUUGUCACAACAGCUGGAAGCAAUUUCAGCAGAAAAAUCUCUCCAACAAACACAAAUUGAAGAUCUUUUUCAAGAACUGAGUUUUGCGCGGGAGCAAACUCAAAGAGCUAAACAGACCAUAAUGUCUAUGGAAUGCAGAUUAAAUGAAGCAGACAAAUACCAGGUUGUGAUUGAAGAUCUGAAAGCUCAGCUUGGUUCUGAAAUUGAGUUCCGGAAAGAAUUAGAAUUAAAACAUGAAGCAGAAGUCACAAAUUAUAAAAUAAAACUUGAAAUGCUAGAGAGGGAGAAGGAUGCAGUUUUGGACAGGAUGGCUGAAUCUCAAGAAGCUGAAUUAGAGAGACUAAGGACACAGCUUUUGUUUAGUCACGAAGAAGAAUUGUCCAAACUUAAAGAAGAUUUACAGGAAGAACACAGAGUAAACAUUGAAAACCUUAAAGAUGGCCUGACUGCCCACUAUAAACAACAAUUAGACAGGGUACAAAAUGAAAUGAGUCAAAAGAUAGAAGCCAUGCAAUUUGAAAAGGACAACUUAAUAACAAAGCAAAAUCAGCUAAUAUUAGAGAUUUCAAAACUGAAAGAUUUACGGCAGUCUCUUGUAAACUCCAAGUCAGAAGAAAUGACUCUUCAAAUCCAAGAACUCCAAAAGGAGAUAGAAGUUCUUAGGCAAGAAAAAAAAAAAAAGGGUACACUUGAACAAGAAGUUCAAGAAUUACAACUUAAAACUGAACUGCUGGAGAAACAAAUGAGAGAGAGAGAAGAUUGCCUUCAAGAAAAAUAUGCAGAACUUGAAACACAGAAUAGCCACCUUAAAGAUGAAAAUAGAGUCCUAGAAGAUAAGUUAAAGCACACCUCACUAAGCUCAGAAGAAAAUUCAGUGUUCAAAGACCAUGUUAGUUGUAAAUCAGAAAACCUGGACUUAGAAAAAAGAAUAGAAAAACUGUUUGCUGAAAAUGAGCAGCUUACAAAACAGGGCAUCCAACUCAAGGAGGAAAUUGAAAGGCAAAAAACUACUUUUUUAUUUGCUGAGAAAAAAUUUGAAGUUAACUACCAAGAGCUCCAGAAAGAAUACGCUUGUCUACUAAAGGUAAAAGCUGAUAUAGAAGACAGCAAGAAUAAACAGGAAGUUGAGUAUAAAUCCAAACUCAAGGCUCUGACAGAAGAGCUUCAGAAUAUACAAAGCAAUAAACUGGUUAUAUUGAAAACUAAAAGCUCAGUCUCUGAAGGCACUAGAGACAACAAGUUAUGCAAAGCAGAAACUUUUGAAGUUGGGGAAGUUAUUGAGAAAGAUACAACAGAACUCAUGGAAAAGCUUGAGGUUACCCAGCGUGAGAAACUAGAACUGUCUUUAAGACUUUCAGAUCUUUCUGAACAGUUAAAGUCCAAACAUAGUGAAAUUUGUCAGUUAAGUGAAGAAGUUAAAUCUUUAAAACAAGAAAAAGAGCAAGUUUUAUCAAGAUGUAAAGAAUUAGAAAUAAUAAUUAUUAAUAACCAGACCGAUAUUAACAUUAUUGAACGUAAAAUAAAACACUGCAAAGAAAAAGCUCAAUCAAAUGCCACCCUAACUACUGAAACUACAACUCUGAUAUCUGAUCCAAGCAAUGAAUUUGCUGAGGAAAUAAAAGUAAGAGAAGGCAGUGUGAAUUUGGGUAAAGAGCCCAGUCAUUGUGUAACAACAGAGGAGUCAAUUCAGCAAAUACUGAAUCCAGAACAGCAGUCACUGUUAGAUCAUUUGCAUCAGAUGACUGACAGAUUAGCAGGAGAAACAUCACUAAUGUCUAUUACUCAGAAUGAAAAUAAUCAGCUUCAGCAGCAGCUAGAUAUAUUAAAAUCUGAACAGACUGAUUUACAGCUACAAAUGGAAGCCCAGCGCAUUUGUCUCUCUCUAGUUUAUUCAGCUCAUGUAGACCAAGUUCGUGAGUAUUUGCAAGCUGAAAAAGAGAGUGCGCUCUGCAGCCUUAAAGAGGAGCUUGUCUAUAAUCAUGCACAGGAAAUGAAUGAGCUUAAGAAAGCACAUCAGUUGGAGCUCCAGACCUUGAAAGAUCAGCAAACAGAUGAGGAAAUUAGAUCUGCAGCAAUGCUUACAGAAAAGUUCAGCAAGGCAAUAUCUGAGGAAUGUUCUCGGCUUACACAGUCUUUGUGCAGUGUUCAGUACUCAACUACUGUUGAAGUUAGUGAUGGAGAACAAGAAAUAUCCCAUGCUGCUUUUACUGAGAGAGAGAAAUCUAACCUUGAAUUGCCGAUACAGAGAGUUCAAGCUCAAGCCUUGCAAGAAAAUAUGCAAACUCUUCUGAACAAGAUAAGGGAAGAGUGCAACAGGAUGAUGGCACUUCAUACACAGUUUAUGAGUGACUGCAAAAAGGUCAGAGAAAAUCAAGUGUCAUAUGCUGAGUUUGAGCCUAGAAAAGAUGAUGAUGAAAUUUGUUCUCUACAGAUGAAAAUAGAAUGCUUACAGACUCCUUCACAAGACCUUGAUGUUAUGGUCAGAGAAUCCCAUUGGGAGGAGAUGGAGGACCAUAAGAGACAACUUGAAAAACAACAUGCUCAAGAACUAGAGCACCUCCGAUCCUAUUUCCAGCAGCAGUUGAAAGAAACUGAAGAGAGAUACACAACCGAGAUCAUUCAUUUACAAAACAGACUUCAGAAUAACAGUGGCUCUUCUGAACACUUCAGUAUACCUGGAGACUCGCAGGUAAACAUUAAAGAGGUCAUGCUGAAAAUGAAACAUGCUGAAAACAUUUCUCAACAAAGUACAAACGAGGCAGUAGAGUUUCCUAGUGAAAUAGAAGUAAAAAAUGAAAUGAAUAUUAUUCAGUUAUUGGAAAAACAGUACCAAGAACGAUUAGAACAAGAAAUGGCUAAGGUUAUCGUGCAAAUGAGUGUAGCAUUUGCCCAACAGACUGAACUGGCAAGAAUGGCUAGACAGAAAGAAGUAAGUCUGUCAGUAGUACAAACAGAAAUUGUCCAUCAACAGGAAAGACAUUUUGAAAUUAUACAGAAAUGCAGUGAAGAAGAGUUAGACACCCUUCUUAGCAAAGAAAAGAAAAAAGACAUUAAACAUGAAGAACUGAAACCACUUAGCAAGGAGCUCAGUGAAGAGUCCAGUGAUAUUCCUUCUCUCGGAGAACAAUUUGAAUCAACUGCUGGGCCUCUUUACAUGCUGGGACCAAGCAAGCAGGAAAUGAAAUUAUCAGUUGAAUCUUCCUCCCGACACACAGAAUUUGAGCUGAAGGAAAUACUACGAAAUAAUAGUAUGAUGGCAUCCAGCACAGAAACCUCAAGUCAACUGUUGUUGUAUGAAGAGCAUUUGGAAGACAUGCGACAGGAACUUGUGCGACAGUAUCAGGAACAUCAGCAGGCAACAGAAACAUUGAGGCAGGGGCAUAUGCAACAAAUGGAGCGGGAAAAAGAAAAUCAAGAACAGCUCUUAGCGGAGAUUGAAAGACUUAAAAUGCAGUUAGCGGAGAGUGAUUCACUGGAGAAUGACAGCUUGGUUACAGAGAGAGAGAGAAUGCUUUUAGAGGAACUAGAAUCAUUAAAGAAGCAUUCUGUACCUGGAAGGGAGAGGUUGUAUUGUGAGCUACGUAACAGCAGUACGCAAACACAGAGUGAAAAAGAAAAUCAAACCGAAUCAAAAGAGCCCAUCUUAGAGGAUGAAGAAGGAAGAGAGAACCCUGAAGAAACAUCUUCAGCAGUUCUUUCUAAAGAAAGGCAUGCUCUACAGAACGCUAACAACAGACUCCUGAGGAUUCUGUUAGAAGUUGUGAAGACAACUGUUGCUGUAGAAGAAACAAUUGGUCAUCAUGUUCUUGGAUUACUGGAUAGAACUGGAAAAGGCCAGCCAUCCUCUAAGAUUGUAGCAUGGGAAAGUAAGACAGAAGAGUCAAUAAAGCCAAGUGUCUGUGUGGGAUAUGAAAAAGAAGAACCAUCUUCCUCAUAUCUCACAAGUCAUCUAGGAGGUGAUGAUAUUAGUAUAUGGUCAGCAGCACCUGAUGAAGGCCUUGAGCUGACUCAGCAUCUCAAAGAAAGCAUCUUCGCUGGAGUGGAAAUGGACCCUGAAAAAGAGGAACUGAUUCUAAAUAUUAGUUCUCGACUGCAGGCUGCUGUUGAAAAACUUCUGGAAGCCAUCAGUGACACCAGCAGUCAGCUUGAACAUGCUAAAAUUACACAGACAGAACUCAUGCAAGAGUCCUUCAAAAGGCAGCAGGAGGCUACUGAAUUUCUCAAAUGUCAAGAGGAACUGCAAGAGCGACUCAGUGAAGAGACCAAAGCCAGAGAGCAGUUGGCAUUGGAGCUAAGUAAAGCUGAGGGUCUUAUUGAUGGUUAUGCAGACGAAAAAGCAUUUCUGGAAAAACAUAUCCAGGAAAAAAUAGAUGUAAUAGACCAUCUUGAGCAAGAGCUGCUCUGUACAGGUAACAAAUUGCAGGAACUAGAGGCUGAGCGACAGCAGAUUCAGGAGGAAAAGGAGUUACUCUGCAGACAGAAGGAUGCCAUGAAAGCAGGUGCAAGAUCUGCAGAACAGCGCCUAGUAGAUGCUGCAGUCGAUGCAGCUCCCCAAGCAGAAUUACUGGAGGAGACAGAAAAACUAAUGAAGGAAAAAAUAGAAGUACAGCGUCAAGCUGAAAAAGAAUAUGGUGACCUUCAGAAGCAAGUUAAGGCUUUGGAAACAGACUUGGAGGAACAAGUCAACCGUUUUAUAGAGCUGGAACAAGAAAAAAAUGCAGAAUUGAUGGAUCUAAGACAACAAAACCAGGCUUUGGAGAAGCAGCUUGAGAAAACAAGAAAAUUUCUAGAUGAGCAGGCAAUUGAUAGAGAACAUGAGAGAGAUGUGUUCCAACAAGAGAUAGAGAAACUGGAGCAACAGCUUAAGAUUCCACAAAGAUUUCAGCCUAUCAGUGAGCAUCAAACCAGAGAGGUUGAACAGUUAACAAACCAUCUAAAAGAAAAGACAGACAAAUGUAGUGAACUUUUACUCUCUAAGGAGCAACUUCAGAGAGAUAUACAAGAACGGAAUGAAGAAAUUGAGAAACUUGAAUGCAGAAUAAGAGAACUGGAACAAGCUUUAAUUAUCAGUGCAGACAAACUGCAAAAGGUUGAGGAAAGGAAGCAGUUUGGAGCUGCCAAAGUAAAAGGAGAAUUGCCCCUUGAAGUACAGUUGCAGGCUGAACAAGAAGCUGUUGACAGAAAGGAAAAAGAGAUCACAAACCUUGAAGAACAAUUGGAGCAGUUUCGAGAGGAAUUAGAAAACAAAAAUGAAGAAGUUCAGCAGUUGCACAUGCAAUUAGAAAUCCAGAGAAAGGAAUCCACUACACGGCUGCAAGAACUUGAGCAAGAGAAUAAAUUAUUUAAGGAUGAAAUGGAAAGAUUGGGACUAGCUAUCCAGAAAUCUGAAAAUACAUCCAUUAAAGAUCAUCAUCUAGGUGCUGGGAAACUUGUUCAAUUUGUGCAGGAAAAGGAGCAGAAAAUAGAUCAUCUUAAUGAACACAUUUCAGAACUACAAGAACAACUUGAAAACACAACAGAUAACAAAGUACAGUCUUUGGAAAUCUUUUGCAGUGUUAGUUUGUUUCUAGCUGUUACAGAAAAGCAAUCUGAUGAAGGCAUUCAUAGAUAUCUUGUAUAA